CCCACCCCAGGGGAUCCAGCGUGGAGCGGAGGGAGACCGAAGCCCGAGGUGCUGGAUGGACAAGAGGGACAAGUCCAGGGCAGCGGCCGCUGGUCGCCCGCCCGCUUCUCGCCCUCCUGGCCUUCCAAUCCCUAAGCCCGCAGGGUCUCCACGACCCCCUCCUCCAGUAACCAGCGCGGCUCUCCGAGUUCUGGGAGCAGCAGCAGCCGCAGGGCGAGGGCCCCUGGCAGAGCGAACCGGGGGCAUCCGGGGAGCCGCUCUCCCGGAGGUUACUCCCCAGGUGGGACCAACGCGGAGCUCUGGGACGGGUCCCCGGAGCCCAGCCUCCAGGCCCACAGCAGCUGGGAGAGGGGAGCGGGCUCCUGCCAGGACCCCAGGCUCAGGCUGUAUCUCUAGCCCCAGGCAUGCCAGCGCGCCCACCAGACCAGGCCUUCUUGGGCAGAAGGGGCUCCGACCCCCAGCUGAGGAACCUGCAGCCAGAGGAAAAGCCACAGAUUCACCCAGAAGGAGCACCCUGAGCACUGGGGCACGGAGAGACUCUUCUGGGUCCACCCCAGCCAUUCCCUCCCCGGUCAAUUCCCGUCGGCCCCGGGCUGUGGGCGCUGAGGUGGGUGUCCCUCGGGCAGCUCCAAGUGCCCGGCUCCGGCCCCCGACUACUGAGGCUUCCAGGAAGUCAGUGAGCAGCGCCCCAGAGCGCAGCGCGGCGGAGCCGAGCCCUGCCUCCAGGAAGCGACCCAGCGCCGGCGGGAGCCUCCAGAGGCCAACCUCACGCCCCCUGGGCUCUAGCGUCACCCCUGUAUCCUCCCCAGUCCGCUCUGGAGCUUCCCCGGCUGGAACACCCCGGGCUCUUGUUGUUCAGCCCAAGUCGAAAGGACUACAGACUCUUCGCGCCCCGCAGGCCACAUCCCCCAGGAAGGGCGCAGCCCCAGUGAGGGGCCUUUCUCCUCCUCUGGCCACAUCCUCUCUACCUUGUCCUACCGCACCGCCUCCGCGUGCCCCAACCACUCCCUGUCGGGAUGCGCUCCCUCCUUCUCCACCGACCACGCCCCCUUCCCAGGCCCUCAGCCGGUCUUUGACCACGCCCCAUCCACUAGCCCCUCCCUCUCCGGCUCCGCCCUCUUUGCUGACCCUCCCCUCUCCGCCGGCCACACCUCCUUUGCAGGCUCCACCCACACACCUGGGUACAUCCUUUCCGGAGGGGUCCGCCUCUCCCUUGGCCAUGGCCCCUCUUCUGGCAUCAGUCCCUCCAUCAGUUUCACCUGCUCUGCAUAGUGUACUCCCCACUGAGGCGUCUUUGACUUUACCUCCUUUUCCAGCUCUCCCCUCUCCCUUAGCCACACCGGCUUCCGCAGGUCCUCUACCACCAGCCGCUGGCCCCCUACAAGCCCCUCUGUCUCAGGCAGCAUCUGUGAGGAACCUGCCCUCUCCCCUAGCCACGCCCCCUCCGCAGGCCAGUCCUAUGUCUCCACCUCUUCAGGCCACACCCUAUACACUGGACACGCCUCCCACACCCCCUUCACAGGCCACACCCUCUCAGACCAUACUCACUCUUCAGGGUCCUCCCCGUUCAGAGUCUCCCUCUCCCCUGGUCAGGCCCCUGCUACAGACUCCACCUCCUCUGGCUACUUCCCCUCGACAGGCCGCUCCUAUACAGGCCCCAUCUCUAGCCUCACCACCUCUGCGGGCGACCCCUCCUCCCCUGGCCGUACCUCAUCCGCACUCUCCACCUUCUCUGACCACGCCUCCUGUACAGGCCACUCCCCCUCAUCAGAGCCUGCCUCCUCUGCUGGCUCCACCUUCUCUGGCCUCACCUCCUUUGCAGGCCCCACCCUCUCCUCCCCCUGCUUCAUCUCUGCAUGAUCCUCCCCCUCUUCGGGCUCAGCCCCCACAGAGGGGUCUACCUUCUCUGGCCUCGUCUCCUCUUCAGGCCUCCCCUUCUCCCCCUGGUUCACCCUCUCUGCAAGACUCUCCCUCUCCCCUGGCCACACCCCCUCCGCGGGCUCUACCUUCUCUGAGCACGCCCCCUUUACAGGCCACUCCUCCUCCUCCAAGCCUGCCUCCUCUGCAGGCUCCACCUUCUCUGGCCUUGCCCCCUCUUCAGGCCCCUCCUUCUCCCCUUGCUUCACCCCCUCUGCAAGACUCUCCCUCUCCCCUGGCCACACUCCCUCCGCGAGAUCCGCCUUCUUUGAGCACGUCCCCUUUACAGGCCGCUCCUCCUCUGAGCCUGCCUCCUCUGCAGGCUCCACCUUCUCUGGCCUCUCUCCCAGUGCAGGGGGGUCCCUGUCCCUCUGCUUCAUCCCCUCUGCAAGACCCUCCCUCUUCUCUGAUCACGCCCCUACCACGUGUUCCACCUUCCCUGGCAUUGCCGACUUUGCAGACCCCUCCCUCUCCCCCUGCCUCACCUCCUCUGCAGGCCCCACGCCGCCCUCCAACCCCGGGUCCCGAUGCCCCCAUCUCGGGCCCACGGCUGACCCUGGCGCUGGCCCCAGGCCCGCCGCCGCCGCCGUCGCGCAGCCCGUCUAGUACGCUGAGUGGCCCGGACCUGGCGGGCCACAGCAGCAGCGCCACCAGCACGCCCGAGGAGCUGCGCGGCUACGACAGUGGGCCCGAGGGCGGCGCCGCAGCCUCUCCGCCUGCCGAUGCCGAGCUCGCCGCCUGCCACCCGGCAGCUUGGAGCCGAGGUUCCGCUCCGCCUCUGGCCAUCCGCAGCACCCCAGGAGCGCCCCUGCCUUGGUCUCCUGCAUCCGGGUCGGGCUCUGCUGAUGGCUUGUGCACCAUCUAUGAGGCUGAAGGUCCCGAGUCGGCGAGCCCCGCCACAGACGCACUAGAUCCCGGGCCCGGGCCCGGCGCGGGCGGUGGGAAGGCGGCGGCCGGAGCUGCGGCUGGUGCGGCCUCUCGUGGCGCGAAGCCGGCGCGCUUGGGAGAGCUGCCGCUGGGGGCGCUGCAGGCGAGCGUCGUGCAGCACCUGCUGAGCCGGACGCUGCUGCUAGCUGCGACUGAGGAGGCCGCGGGAGGCAGCGGUGGUCCAGGUGGCGCUGGGGGUGGCGGCAGCUCGGGGGGAGCCCGCACUGCGCUGAGCGACGCCGAACUGGGCCGCUGGGCCGAACUGUUGUCGCCGCUGGACGAGUCCCGCGCCAGCAUCACUUCAGUCACUAGCUUCUCCCCAGAUGACGUGGCUUCCCCGCAGGGUGACUGGACCGUGGUAGAGGUGGAGACCUUCCACUGAGCCCGACCCUGUUCCCGCCCGCCCACCCCACCCCUGCCUUAGGUUCGCCCCUCUGGUUACACCUCAAAGGUCUUAGAUCUCUUUCUCCCUUCCUCCAGGAGUCCGGCUUCCCGUGGAUUGGUCUCAGUCCCUUUAGAGCCCUAGAAUUUUGGUCCUGGCUUGCGACCAACACCUUUGGCCAAGGCCCUCCCCUUGAGCCCCUCGCCUUUGGCCUAGAGCGCGUUCCUGCACCCCUCAAGCCCCGUCCCUCCCUCGGCCUAGGCUCUUCCCGGUGUUCAGUGUAUUGUCUACCGCGCGCAGCCCGAGUUUGCAAUAAAGCGGAGACUGAGGCCUGUUUACUUUCUCCUUCGCGGUCGCGGGCUGGGGGCUUACCGGGCGCAUCGGACAGCAGGGCGGCACGAGGGGCCAGGUGGGCGGUGCUGGAGGCGGUGCACAGCAGGUUGUAGCUCUGGUUGAAGGCUUUCCCCAAAGUUCCUCCACUGAGAGUAGGGGCGUACAAGGAGGAGCUGCGGUGGGAUCAGGAAAUGCUGAGAGUCCCUGUGGUCUAGCACCGUGCACCUACCCGCGUGCGUGAACGUAGGCAUUCUUAUGCCCGACUUCUCAUGGAAAUAUCAAGUGCAGGUGGGGCUGCCUGACCAAGUGAAUGAACGAGGUAUGCCCGGUGUGGCCAGCUGAUCAAGCUCUUCUCACACUCUGCCGCGGGAGCAGGCACUCCUUGGGGGGUCGGGGAAGACACAGGGAGGGAUUGCUUGGAUCUCAGGAGAGGGCGCAAGCCACUUCCUGAGGUUCUUCCUCACAGUGUACACCCCUUUACUUUCCAUGCCCUGGGGUGUCAGAGGGAGACAGGAGAGGCCUGAGACUGAUGGCCAUCUCGGGUUCCUCCAGGGCCUCCCAAGAGCUGCUCACCAAGAAGGCUGCAGUGCAAAAGGCAGGCCUGCAGCUGAACCCUGGGCUUGGAAAGGGGAGUCACUGCCUCCUGGGCGGACCACGCUGAGGAGCCUGCAGGGAAGGAGCAGCCUCUCCAAGGCUGAUGGGAGAUCUAGGCAUCCUUCUGUUGCCCACUCCUCUCCAGGUGCCCUCACCAUGCCCCUCUGUGCCAGCCUCCCAGCCAUGGCCCUUGCCUUUCAUCCCAACCUUGGGUGUCCCCCCUAAGCCCUCUAGCCAGGCAUCCUUGCCUGUGCACCAGUGUCGCGGGUCCUCACCAGAGCCAACCACUGCCUUUGCUUGUCUCCCCGAGUCAGAAUUCCUUGCCCUUCCUCCCACAGUCCAGUCAUCCUGACUCUAGCUCCUUUAAGCCACAGCCCAGGCCCUCCUUUUCCCCAAGUACCCGUGCAGGAAAUGGACCCCCUAGGCCUUUCCUCCCCAUGGGUGUCCUGCUUUACACCCAAAAUGAUGGCGGCCCGAGGGGAACCACAAUCCUCAGGACAGGUAGAAGGACAGAGAGAUGAUCCCAUGUGGGGUAAUCUCUCUGCCCAUAGACCCAGUCUCUGAAGCUGGGUUCCUGCUGGUCCCCACCCCAGAAGCAACUGCCUCCCAAUCUAGGAUCUGAAGAGAAAUUGGCCCAGUCUUGAUGGGAUACUGUCACCUACAUCCCUGGGAGCCAAUCGGUUAAGUUGACAAACUACAGAGGUUUCUUUUCUAAGCUGGGCCCUGGUGAGGACCUGGGUGUCCUUGUUUCCAGAUGCUGAGACAAGCCUGAGCUGACUCAUGACAUGUUGGGUAGCUGAGGCCCCAAGACCAGCCCUCAAGAGGGAGCAGGGCAGAGUCCCAGUUCUCCCAACUUCAUGCCCCAUCCUGGGAGCUAACCAGGUGGAGUUACUCGGUGGGAGCAGGAGAGGCAGGCAGCAACAGUCAAGGUCUCAGUGUUCAAACUGUGUGGUGGGGAUGGUGAUGGAUCCACAGGAGCUGUGGCGUGAGAGGGGCUCAGCUGUCCUGGUGCAUGACAGGUGUCCUGCUCACUGCUCUACAGGUAUCAUGCAGCAGAGUGGGGUACACUUUGUGGGCCCACACUGGGUGUAGAGGCCAGGGUCAGGCUGGUAUCUGGCUGGACCA